ACCUAUGAUGAUGUGCAUAUCAACUUCACUCGAGAAGAGUGGAAUUUGCUGGAUCCUUCCCAGAAGAAUCUCUACAAAGAUGUGAUGCUUGAGACCUACAGGAACCUCACUACUAUAGGAUGCAGUUGGGAAGACCAUAACCCUGAAGAACAUUGUCCAUGUUCUAGAAGACAUGAAAGAUACCUCUUAACGCAUACUGGAGAGAAACCCUAUGAAUGCAAUCAGUGUGGUAAGGCCUUUGCACGGUACAGUGCUCUUCAAUACCAUGGAAGAACACAUACUGGAGAGAAACCUUAUGAAUGUAAUCAGUGUGACAAGGCCUUUGCAGCUCACAGUCAUCUUCAAUCCCAUAAGAGAACACACACAGGAGAGAAACCAUAUGAAUGUAAUCAUUGUGGUAAGGCCUUUUCACAACACAGUAAUCUUCAAAGUCAUCAAAGAAUACAUACUGGAGAGAAACCAUAUGAAUGUAAUCAAUGUGGUAAGGCCUUUUCAUUUCAGGGAACUCUUCAACACCAUCAAAGAAUGCAUACUGGUGAAAAGCCCUAUGAAUGUACUCAGUGUGGUAAGGCCUUUGCACGUCAUCAUCAUCUUCAAUUGCAUAAAAGAACACAUACUGGAGAGAAACCAUUUGAAUGUAAUCAAUGUGGUAAGGCCUUUGCAGCUCAGAGUACUCUUCAAAACCAUAAAAGAACACAUACUGGAGAGAAACCUUAUGAAUGUACUCAGUGUGGUAAGACCUUUGCUCAAUACAAUCAUCUUAAAAGCCAUAAAAGAACACAUACUGGAGAGAAACCUUAUGAAUGUAAUCAGUGUGGUAAGGCUUUUGCAACAAACAUUCAUCUUCAAAGGCAUAAAAGAAUACAUACUGGUGAGAAACCCUAUGAAUGCAAUCAGUGUGGUAAGGCCUUUGUACAACACAGUAAUCUUCAAAGUCAUCAAAGAACACACACUGGAGAAAAACCAUAUGAAUGUAAUCAGUGUGGUAAGGCCUUUGCAACGUGUGAGAAGGCCUUUGUAGCACAUGAUCAACUUCAUAGUCAUAAAAGAACAGAUACUGGAGAGAAACCCUAUGAAUGUAAUCGGUGUGAUAUGAAAUUUGUAGCUCACAAUAAUCUUAAAAGGCAUAAAAGAUCUCAUCGUAGAUAG